AUGGAGAGGGGCAACCAAAUAAUUCCCAAGGCUGCGCAAACAAAAUUGUCCAACAUUCAGAUAGCCGUCUUAAAGAAGGGUGGCAUCAUACCCGAGGAGAUGAAGAAGCUCAGUUACACCAACGUCCAGGAGUCAAGCACCCAACCGACAUUGGUGGCCGCUAUGACCGGAGACAAAAACGAUGAUUUAACCGUCAGCGCUUCUUCUACGGAUUCUGGCAAAACGAUCUUCGACGAUAUCUCGAAAACCAAACUGGGGAAAAAUGCAUAUUGGGUGGACAAGGACUACAUCAAAAAAGGCAUCUUAGCCAACCGAGUCCACGGCAGCCGGACUACCCCUUGUUUGGACGUCCUCUUCCCCUAA